GUUAAGCCUUAAUUACAGCUGGCGAUAGGUCCCUUUGAUUACUCAGUGUAGUAUACCACAAUGGGCAAGUUCACGAGAGAGGAGGAGGUUUUGCUUUCUAGCUACUCUCCUGCAAAUUCUGCCAGGAGCAAUGCACUCUUCUACCUCAAUGCCGUUGUGAUCUCGCUCGCUCCUCUGUAUUUAUUCUAUGGAGUACAUCAGAUGGAGGUGUCUGAAUCAUGGAUUGUGUGGAUCAUAUCCGCUGUUGCCUCGGCCUAUUUUCUUUCUAUGGCAUGCAAAAAUCAGAAGAGGCUUUUAAAACAUCAAAUUGUAAUGAAACGCGGGACAGCUGUUGACAGGGAAAUCAACCAGAAAUAUGCAAUGGAUAAGAAAAUGAGCACCAAGGAAAAGGAGGAGCGCGCUCUAUUUCGUAAGAACGAAGUUGCUGACUCAGAAGCCACAUAUCUAUCGAUCUUCUUUACAAAUGUCUUGUUCCUCUCAAUCAUGUUAUUUUUGGCUUUCUUCCUUCUUGCUAAUCUCACCCCUAUUUUCAACUCUCUUCUCUCCGUUACUGGUGCGGCUGGUCUCGUAGCCUUCCUGUCCACCGCAAAGAACUAG